AUGCCUCCAAAAGCCCCCACUCACGUUGAGCACAAUGUCUAUCUCACAUCUUCUGUCACGUUUGACAACAAGAAGGACGAUUUUGGAAGACUCCAAGUCUACCAAGCUUUCUCAUCCCUUGACGAAGCAAAUGAUUUCUGUGCCGCCAAAGCUGAUGAGCUUGCUCAGAGCCUCGACAUCGAGGCCCCUGAACCUACUUUGAAGCACUACACCAACGAUGGCGCCUUCAAGAUGGAACUGCCUCUGGAGAACAGAAACAGAGAUGUCAUCGUCGAGACGCUCAUCAUGCCUCUCAUGGGCGGCGUCAUUAAGCACGACAAGCCAGUUUCUCGCAACACCACAAAGUCGAAACAGGCCAACAAAUCAAAAGUCAAAAAGUCACAAGCCUCCGACGAUGAAGACGAUCAGGAUGUCGACAUGGACACCGACACAAAGCCCACGAGAGCCACAACUCGCAAGGAUUCCAAAGCCUCAAAACUUGACACAGAAGUCACUCAAGCCGACAUCGAUGCAGCUCCCUCUGGCACCCGCGAUGUUCUCAAGACCAACGAAUCAUACACUAUCUUCGGACACCAUAAGUAUUGGAGUGAAGAGCAAGUCAGAGUCAUCGUUAGAUUGUUUGGAGGCAGAGUGAACAAAUCGCUGCCUGUUUACCACCAACCCGAUCACACCCUCGUACUUGGUUCAGAGGUUCCUUCGAGGCUCCUGGGCCGCAUCAAGCAAAAGGAAUUCAAGCCAAUUACUCCUGACGACAUGUUUGCCUACAUCACUAAUAUGUCUAAUAUGGCUGACCCUACUGGUGCUUCCCGUAUCACCAGCGAAGAAGUCGCCAAAGCCUGCAAGAAGGUCUCCGGCAAGCCUGUCAAGGAGGAUGAGUCAACAGACAGCGACGUGGACGUCAAGGACGCUUCGGGAUCUGACAAGGAGUAA